UCUAAUUGCUAUACCUACCAAAAAGAAAUAUGGGUUUGAAGGGCAAGUUGGUUACUUCAGUAGAGGUAAAGUGUGGAGGACACUCGAUUCAUGAUAUGUAUCAUACCAACACUUAUCAUAUACGCAACAUAUGUCCAUUAGUCAACCAUGUUGAGAUUCACGAAGGUGAAAUCUUUAAAGUUGGUGCGGUCGUUAGCUGGAAAUAUAUUGAAGAUGGGAAAGAAAAGUUGCUUAAGGAAGUGAUUGAAGCCAUCGAUCAUCAUGAGAAGUCAAUAACCUGGAAAGUGAUCGGAGGAGACGUGUUAGAAUUGUAUAAUUCCUUUACUAUUAUUACAUCCAAUGAACAUGAAUGGGCUACAACAACACUUAUCUACGAGAAGAAGAAUGAAGAUACUCCAGAACCCCUCACUCUCUUAGGUGCUUUCAUAGAGCUGACCAAACAUGUAGAGGAUCACCUUCUCAUGAAAUAAAAUAAUAACAACAACAAUAACAAUAAUAUAUAUAUAUAGUGUGUGUGUUGCUGAUAUUUGAUAAUAUUGGCUAGUUCUAGCUAUCCACUGAAAUAAAUAAUAUUGUUUGAAAGAUAUAUAUUAUGUAUGUGAGCCUCCAUCU